GGGAGGAGGAGGUGGGGGAGGAGGAGGAGGAGAGGGAUGCCGGGAGGCGCUGCCCCGUGUUAACAACUCAGUCUGGUGGAGGAGAGCAGAGGAGCUUUGUGGCUGCGUGUCUGCUUCAUCCGGGGGCCGCUCUUAAUGUCAGGGGCCACACUGCUCGCGAGCUGCUUGCAGGGAGGAGGAUGAUGAUGACCAUGAACGGCAAGCAGCAUUUCUCCAUGCACCCGGCCCUGCACGAGCCGCCCAAGUAUCCCGGCCUGCACUCAGGCUCGGAGGGCAUGCGCAGAGUCUGCCUGCCCGGCCCGCAGGUACGUUGAGGUCGGAGGGAGAGUGGAGUGGAGGGGGAAAUAUCACAGUUGAAAAAUGUCUGUAAAGUUGAUUUGACAGGACUUUGUUCUAUUCUCUCCCUCUCCCUCUUUUCCCCUUCUGUCUGUUCCCCUUCUCAACACCCCCUCCCAACGCCCCACUCCCCUCCUCCCCCUCCUCCUCUCCCCUCUCUCAUCCACAUGUCUAUUCGAGCAAUGCUCUUGCUUUCAUAUUAAUUUUUAUGACCUGCGCUUUGAGGAGGGUUCUCUCCUCUCCUCGGCGCUGCUUGCUUGCCUUUGGAAAAUGUUUUUUAGAUCCUGAGCGCUGCCUGACAGAAUUCCCCACUGACUCCAGUAUGCGCACUCUUGCUUGCAGCUGCAGGGCAAUAUAUUCGGAGGCUUUGAUGAGAGCCUGCUGGCACGGGCAGAGGCUCUGGCGGCUGCUGACAGCAUUGUCUCUCACGGCAAGAGUCACCCGUUCAAACCAGACGUGACUUACCAUACCAUGAGCAGUGUCCCCUGCACCUCAGCCUCCUCCUCUUCCUCCACCACCGUGCCCAUCUCCCACGUCCCUUCCACCAUCGCCUCCCACCACCACCACCACCAUCACCACCUCGGACAGACCCUGGAGGCCGGGGACCUCUUGGAUCAUCUCUCCACCAGCCUGGCCGUGACCGGGAUGGGCGGUCCGGAGCCACCCGGAAUGACCACACCGGCGCACCACCACCAGGUUCCUCACCACCACCUGCAGACUAUGGGGCAGCUGCACCAGGCGAUGGCCACCAUGGCGCACCCUCACUCGCUGUCUGUGCACGGUGGGAUGGCGUGCGUAAACGACGUGGAGUCGGAUCCCCGGGAGCUGGAAGCCUUCGCCGAGCGCUUCAAACAGAGGAGGAUCAAACUCGGGGUGACCCAGGCGGACGUCGGGUCUGCGCUCGCAAACCUCAAGAUCCCAGGAGUGGGAUCCUUGAGCCAGAGUACCAUCUGCAGGUUCGAGUCCCUCACCUUGUCUCACAACAACAUGAUCGCGCUCAAGCCGGUUCUGCAGGCCUGGCUGGAGGAGGCGGAGGCUGCGUACCGUGAAAAAAGCAACAAGCCGGACCUUUUCAACGGGAACGAGAGGAAACGAAAGCGCACCUCCAUUGCCGCGCCGGAGAAGCGCUCUUUGGAGGCGUACUUUGCCAUCCAGCCACGGCCCUCUUCGGAAAAAAUCGCGGCCAUCGCGGAGAAACUGGACCUGAAAAAGAACGUGGUUCGAGUGUGGUUUUGUAACCAGCGGCAGAAACAGAAACGAAUGAAGUACUCCGCGGUGCACUGACUUUCACACACAUCAUCAUGAAUAAAAUAGCCUACUACAUUUUUGAUCGAGUGAUUAAUAAUAGCCUAAGUAGCCUAACUAACAGGGAUUAUCAACAGCUCCUCACGUCUCCUUUGGGAUUAUCUUCAAAAGACUUCUACGAUCUUCCAGUUUCUGUCACCCACUCUUUCUCGUUGCACUUUUUUUCUCCACAUUUUGUUUUCUAUAUUGGACAGGUAAAUGAUUGUGUUAUUGAUCUGUGAAGAUGCUGAAUUUGUUGUUGUUGCUCGUGUAUCUCGCACACACUAAAUAUGAACUUUCCACCCUGACAGUUUGUCACAUUCAGGGAUGUUAACUCACUAUUUUAUUGUUUUAAAAAAUGGAGUUUAAACGGCCUCCUCCGUUGGCUCUUGUCGGUGGUGUUAAUCCAAGCUUGUAUGAAAAGAAAGAAGUUGAGGCCAGAUUUAAUUUAACUCAACUUGAACUGCUUUUUUCCCCCACUCCUUUAUUUUUAAACAACAACACAUUUUUGCAACCUUAUUUUCUCUCUUUGUGGACACUGUGACAGUCAUUUACGCACAAAUAUGAAUAAUUACGCUUUCACAAGGUAGUCUGUUUAUCCUGAAUUAUUUACUAAUGAAACGACACAGUCAUGUUAUGACGAGGCACCUCCGUGUGGCUUUGGCUGCUAUAUUUUAGUAUUUUGGUGUGAACAUGUUUUGGAGUAUUACAGGUAAGCUAUAUUUAUCAUAUAGCGAAGAUAUACAGUGUAUAGCCCCAAAAAUCACCUAUUAUUUAGUCGAAGUAUUUUUGCUCACUUCUGAUUUCACUUGAAAAAAAAUGUGUGAAGUUUAAACUUAAUAAAUUAUUGGUUAUUUUCUACAAAUACUUUGAAGAAGCGACUUUAUUAUUUUAGCUUUAUUUGACAAGCUGUAAAACAACAAAAUAG